CAGCCGACCAAUUCAGCGCGUAUUGGAUCGAUUUGCCCGGCCAUUGGCGUUGCAGCAGAAUUUCCACCGAUCCAUUUUCCAUUAGCUUGCGCGCAAAUUCUAAGUUCUGUCCUCGGCCCUUGCAAGAUUGCCCUCCGUCCGCCAACUUUACGCACUCCACUCCCGUGCUUCGACUUGUUGUCUGCAUCAGCUUGAAGGCUCCGUCUCCCAGGUUUUUCCGCAGGACGGUCCAGCUGGGAUAGCAAACAUGAACGCAUAUAGGCAUGUCCUAAGGACGUCGCCGGGGGCUCCGUUGAGAGCCACGGCCGUUCCUCAUACCACCCAUGUCAGGUCACCGGCGACCAGCCGGCUCUUGUCCAGCCGCGCUUCCCGUGUCAACACCACCGAAAGUCGCAUCUCUCCCGCCACGCCCAUCUCCGCGCAGGAGAUUCCUCUACUAAGGUCGCCUUUUACCCCUAACGCGAUACAAGCCCGCUCGUUCCACGCCUCGUUCCGCGCGCUGCAGCAACAGGAGCAGCCUAAGCAGCAAACGCCAGAGACCGAACCCAAGGCGCAAGAAGAGCCCACUGGAAAGAAAGAGUCCAAGUCUGAAGAAGCAAAGGAGGAGGGCGAGAAGUCAGAGGGUGAGCCCAAGAAGGAAAAGAAGGAGGAUGCGCCGCCUCCACCUCCCCACGGUGACAAGACUCCCUGGCAGGUCUUCAUGGAGACCAUGCAGACCGAGUUCAAGCAGUCUCAGGAAUGGAACGAGUCGACCAAGGCAUUGGCCGCCUCCGCCAACCAGAUCGCAGAGAGCGAGGCCAUUCGCCGUGCACGACAGGCGUACGAAGCCACCUCUGGUACUGUUUCCUCUACGGCUGGCAAGGUUGUCAAGACCACCGCGACUGCCGUCGGCAAGGGUGCUCAGUGGACUUGGGAGACGCCAGUGAUGAAGGGAGUGCGUAAGGGCGCCAACAUCACCGGAGAGGUUCUGGACAAGGCAACGAAGCCUAUCCGCGAGACUGAGGCUUACAAGAACGUGAAGGACGUCAUCGAUGACGGAAGCAGCUCCAGAUAUGGCGGCUGGGCUGAGAAGGAGGAACGUAGGAAACGCAGAGAGAAGUGGCUGAAGGAGUCAGCUGGCAAAGGCCCUCAGAUCCUUGAGGAGGAUCCCAAUGCCGGAACCAACGUCACUCUCCACAAAGAUGCCGCUUGGAAGGAGGCAUGGAGGGAUUUCCGCGACUCCAACAAGUUCGUCCAGAAUGUUUUCGGCUUGAAGACCGUCUACGAGGAGUCGGAAAACCCCCUCAUCUCCACUGCUAGGAGUAUCACCGACAAGAUUGGCAGUUUCUUCGCCGAAAACGAGACCGCUCAGGUCAUCAAGAAGCUUCGCGAAUUGGACCCCGGCUUCAACAUGGAGAAUUUCCUUAUGGAGUUGCGCGAGUACAUCCUUCCUGAAGUCCUCGAGGCGUACGUCAAGGGUGAUGUUGAAACACUGAAGCUCUGGCUCUCGGAGGCCCAGUACUCCGUCUAUGAGGCUUUGACCAAGCAGUAUCUCCAGGCUGGUCUCAAGUCCGACGGACGCAUUCUCGACAUCCGUGGUGUUGAUGUUCUCAAGGCGCGGAUGCUUGAGCCUGGCGACAUUCCUGUUUUCGUCAUCACUUGCAGGACUCAAGAAGUUCACGUUUACAAGAACGCCAAGACUGGAAAGUUGGCGGCCGGUAUGGAGGACAAGGUUCAGCUUGUGACCUACGCCAUUGGCAUUACUCGUAUUCCUGAGGAUGUCAACAACCCCGAGACCAGGGGUUGGAGAUUGAUCGAGAUGCAGAAGAGCGGGCGUGAUUACAUCUAAGCCCGCAUUUUUUCCAACGAGCGUGUCUUUUAAGGUGAAGGAGCACGCUUUUGCCACAUCACCACUCGGCGUCGAGCGCUUGUUUAUGUUCACUACACUAUUAUCGGUUGCGGCAACCAAGAAUAAAUGUAUCAUACCAAAACUGGGAUCUGGUCGCAUGGGGGCCAUUGGGAGUUUCGGAAUCUUCGUCGCACAUGUAUAGAAAGGCAGGCUACGGAGCGGGCGCCUUGAGCAUUUCCAGCAUAAACACACCACUCUGAAUAAGGGCAUACGGAUCAAAGAUUGGUGCCAUGACGAAAUGGUCACACUGUACAAUAUAAUAGCGGGACUGAGGGCAGUCACAAAAGAGCUGUGGAGCGAAACAGAUAUAGGCGUUUUGAAGCGAUACCCGCUUUUGUACAGAACAAUGACAUUGGUUCUUUGGAUAGGACGUUGGUAUCGAUCCUCUGCCUGUGCUUGAAUCAUCUCCCCCCUCCCGAGCCUCCUCCGUUGGUCUGUUUUAAGCUGAUUAACCGCCUCCAAUGGCCUAUAGUGCUUGAAACGAAUUUCAU